AUGCAUGCUGUAGAAGACACUCUUCAGGAUGAUGAUCCCUCGGUAGACGAAUUGGAAUCCCUUCUCCUGGCUAUCACAGAACAAGUUAAAACUGAGUUAGAUGGAUUAGGUGGAAAUGAGUUUGAUGGAGAGAACGGAAACGAGUUUGAUUUAGAGGAUGGAGAGAAUGAGAAUGAAGCAGAUUAUGAAAAUGAAUAUACUGAGCAGGAUGAAAUUAUAGACAAUAGUAAGAAGACGCUCGAUUUCGGCUUUGAAGGAGGUGAAUUCGAAGACUUUCCAGAUUUCGUGAUGCAAGAGAUAUACAAGCAAGAGAAGAAGAUACCGAAGAGGAAGACUGAAAAUUCCGGUACCAGUAAGUCAACAAACAAUUUACCAACUAAAGCUAGCGAUAUUUUGUCCAGGUACAAUAACGACUCCGAUUACACUUCAGACGGUUCCGAUUGGGAUAUCGUUGAAAGCGAUUCAGACAAAUAUGAUAAUGAACUAGAACUUAUAAACGAUGAGGACAAGAUCAUCGAUGUAGAUAGUUCUCUGGAUGUUGAAGUUCAGGAUGAUGAACAGGAAAUGAAGUAUAUACCUGAAAAGUACGAUCGACUGCUUGAUGUAAGCAGAUAA